AUGACUUCGUUACGAGUUCUCAAAUCCUUCAUGCCUUUGAUUGAAAAUUACAAAGAAGACAACACUGAUAUCUUAGGAUACAAAGUUCCCGUACCACUUAUCUGUGCGGAAAUGGCAGAGGCUUUAAUUAAAGAAGCAAUGGGAGUUUUUCAAAAAAUGCCUUCUUUAGUUAGAAUUGAUGCUCCCUGCUACGUUGUCGGAGAUAUCCAUGGAAAUUUAUAUGAUCUAAUCAGAAUUCUUUCGAUGGCCAAAAUGCCCCCUCAAUCUAGAUACGUUUUUCUCGGUGAUUACGUUGACCGUGGCCAAUUUUCAUAUGAGAUUGUUCUUUUACUUUUUGCGUUACAAUGUCAAUAUCCAAAUGACGUUGUUCUACUUCGAGGAAAUCAUGAAUUUGCAGACGUUAACAGCGUUUACGGAUUUUUCGAUGAAAUGUCAGCAAUUGAAAACGGACAAUAUCUAUACGACAUUAUGAACAAAGCCUUCGAGUGGUUACCAAUUUCUUGCAUUAUUCAAAAUAAAAUUUUCUGCGUUCAUGGUGGAAUUUCUCCUGACCUUAAUGAUACAGCUCAAAUCGAAAAAAUGGAGCGCCCAAUUAAAACCUGUGAUGAUAAACUCCUUGCUGAUCUUAUGUGGAGCGACCCAACAAGCGAAACUAAGACGUACGCUCGUAGUACAAGAGGUUUAGGUAUUUCUUAUGGCUCUACAUUAGUAGGUGACUAUUUAAAGAAGAAUAAUUUAUUGUCGGUACUUAGAGGUCAUCAAUGCGUUCAGAAUGGUAUACAAAAAGCUCUUGAUGGACUUGUUUAUACCGUAUUCUCAUGCUCAAAUUACGUUGAUGCUUUAGACAACAGAUGCGGAUUGCUAUUUUUGAACCAAAACCUUGAAAUGCAGUUCUUCUCACUACCUCCACGCCCACAGUUAAUAAGGCAAAAGACUUCCUUCUAUCCUGUGAAUAGAAGUACAGUUUUUGAGAGCGAAAUAUCUGUUAUUCCAUUCUCAAUUACAGCCAAGCAAUUCGAAAUCAAAAAGAAUAUGCUUAUGGUUCCAUUGCCAAGGUUAAGAUCAAAUUCUCAGGUUGGAAUGCCAAGAACGGCAAGAUACCCGCGUAAUCAUCUGAGGUUUGAUUGA